AUGCUCACCACAACGUCUACUCUUUCGUCGUCGUUAGCGACGUCGUCGUCGUCAUCGAGAACGGACGCGAAGAAGCGGCAUCAUCAACGCCAACGACGACGACAACAUUCAUCACCGUCAGCAUUUGCUUCUUCUUUAUCCAAAACGAAUUUUGCGACGACGACGACGACGAGGACGACAAAAGCUGGUGUUUUCAAUGCUGCCACGACGCGCACCGCUCAAAACGAGAAAAUCAACAGUAUUAAUGCUGCGUUGCAGAGGACGAAGAAAAAGAAAUCGGUGGUCGUCACGUUUGCUUCUGCCGCCGCUGAUGGUGCAGCAGCUCCUCCAGUUGGGACGUUCACCAUCGGCAUCGCGUGGUUCUUCAUGCAUCAAAUUAUCGGCGUCGCCAACGACGUGAUUAUGAAAGCGGCGGGACAAACUUUAUCGGUGGCGCAAGUUGUCUUCUUGAGAUUUUUCUUCGCGACGUUGACGAUGUUGCCAGUCAUGUUGAUCUCUGGAAAAGACUCGUUCAAAACGGAUAGAUUACCUUUACACUUUGCGCGAAGCGCUUUGUUGGCAAUGGGAAUAUUUUUGUACGCGAAAGGUCUCACCGUCGCACCAAUUGCCGUGGUGACGACGUUGAAUUUCACCAUCCCGUUGUUCACCCUAGUCUUGGCCAGGUUUGUGUUGAAAGAGAAAGUAGACGUGAAUCGAUGGAUCGGGACGGUGGUUGGAUUUUUGGGCGUGUGCGUGGUUUUGAAACCGACUGGAGGCGCCGCCGGGCUUGGGUCGUUUAACAUGUCCUGGCUUUUGAUUCUAGCCGCAGCGACUAUGUUUUCCAGUUUGGACGUUUUGAAUAAAGUGUUUGUCGGGCGAGAAUCGUUUUGGGCGAUGAUUUUUUACACCGCGUUGUUCACGACGUUGAUCUUUUCGCCCUUCGCGUUUAUGGGUUGGGUCGCGCCGACGAUGACGCAGUACGGCGCGUUAGCCGCGUUAGGUGCUGGUGCGAAUGCGCUUUUGUAUUGUUUGUUAAAAUCCUUUUCCAUGGUGGACGCUAGCGCGUUGGCGCCUUUUCGAUAUACGGAGUUGAUUUUAUCCGCGGGCGUCGGAUGGGUGUUGUUUAAAGAAGCCAUUUCUAUGAAUACGAUUUUAGGCGCGAUGGUGAUUGUCCCGAGCACAUUAUACGUCGUCUGGAAAGAGAACCAAAAGAAAGAAGAGUAA